GUCAUUUCUUUAUUGGGAAGAACACAUCUAAGUCAUGCACAGUCACCGCAGAGAAUCGCCAAUUACAGAAAUCUGAGGAGCCCCCAGAUGGGCCAAUGUGGCAAAAGACAUUAUAAUCUGAAGUGAAGCAACGGUUUUGAUCAGUACAGACCCAAAAUUUCUCGCAUCUUUGUUUGUUCAUAAAAUAAUAGUAUAGUUUUCUUAGAAAAACCAGAGUGAAAGAAAAAAAAAAAGAAGUAAAAGAAAAAUGGCUUUGGCAAGCUUGGUGAGAAGAAAGGCAUACCUUUUGUCUAGAAACCUGUCGAAUUCGCCCGCAGAUGCGUUGAAAUACUCUUUUUCACUCAGCAAUUUCUCGAGGGGUUUCGCUUCAGGAUCUGAAGAGAACGACGUCGUCGUCAUCGGCGGCGGACCCGGCGGCUACGUGGCAGCUAUCAAGGCUGCACAGCUAGGUCUCAAAACAACCUGUAUCGAGAAGCGUGGUACCCUCGGUGGUACUUGCCUUAACGUUGGUUGCAUCCCAUCUAAGGCGCUUCUUCAUUCAUCCCACAUGUACCAUGAAGCUACGCAUUCAUUUGCUGGCCAUGGUGUGAAAUUCUCCUCUGUUGAGAUUGAUUUGCCUGCCAUGAUGGCCCAAAAGGACAAAGCUGUUUCUAAUCUUACCCGUGGUAUCGAAGGUCUGUUCAAGAAGAACAAGGUAAACUAUGUCAAGGGCUAUGGCAAAUUCAUUUCUCCCUCUGAAGUUUCUGUAGACACUAUUGAAGGUGGGAGUACUGUUGUAAAAGGCAAGAAUAUCAUAAUUGCUACUGGUUCCGAUGUCAAAUCUUUACCUGGUAUCACCAUUGAUGAGAAGAGGAUUGUGUCAUCGACUGGAGCUUUAGCUUUGCAAGAAGUCCCUAAGAAACUCAUAGUCAUUGGGGCAGGGUACAUAGGGCUUGAGAUGGGUUCAGUUUGGGGCCGAUUGGGGUCAGAAGUUACUGUUGUUGAGUUUGCCCCAGAUAUUGUUCCAUCAAUGGAUGCAGAAAUCCGCAAGCAAUUCCAACGUUCACUCGAGAAGCAGAAGAUGAAAUUCAUGCUCAAAACUAAGGUGGUAGGUGUUGAUACUAGUGGAAAUGGUGUGAAGUUGACGGUUGAACCCGCUGCUGGUGGUGAUCAGACCACACUUGAAGCCGAUGUUGUUCUCGUCUCUGCUGGUAGAUCUCCAUUCACUGCCGGACUUGGCUUGGACAAGAUAGGAGUGGAAACUGAUAAGAUAGGACGGAUUUUAGUCAAUGACAGAUUCGCUACAAAUGUGGCUGGUGUUUAUGCUAUUGGAGAUGUAAUUCCAGGGCCUAUGCUAGCCCACAAAGCAGAAGAAGAUGGUGUUGCUUGUGUCGAGUUUAUAGCUGGUAAACAUGGUCAUGUUGAUUAUGACAAGGUCCCUGGAGUUGUCUACACUCAUCCUGAGGUUGCAUCUGUCGGGAAGACCGAGGAGCAGGUUAAGGCACUUGGUGUCGAUUACCGUGUUGGGAAAUUCCCUUUCUUGGCAAAUAGCCGAGCCAAGGCUAUUGAUGAUGCUGAAGGAAUAGUCAAGAUAUUGGCUGACAAGGAGACAGACAAAAUUCUUGGAGUCCAUAUUAUGGCACCAAAUGCGGGAGAGCUCAUCCAUGAAGCAGUCCUUGCCAUUAAUUAUGAUGCAUCAAGUGAGGACAUCGCUCGAGUGUGCCAUGCACAUCCUACAAUGAGUGAGGCAUUGAAGGAAGCUGCAAUGGCCACCUAUGACAAGCCAAUUCACAUCUAGAAAUAUGGAUUUUUACAUGUUAUUCUUCAUUUUGAUUUAUGUUUGAAAAUUUUCGAGAUUGACUCGGCAGCAGUCAGCACAACUGUUCAUUUUCUUGUUUGUCCUUACUCGAAACAGAUGGCGUGCUUGAAUAGACAUUUGCCAUUCAUCGUUUACAUUUUCCCAAUGGCAUAUAAUAACUCAGCAUGUUCAGUCCUCUGUUUGAUCAUUGAUAUGCAAUUAAUAACUUGAAGCAAA